AUGUCUCAAGAGCAGUCUGUGUGGCGUCUGAGUGAGCUUGGCAAGGGUCCGACCGCGCUGCAGAGGCAUCGUGAGCCAGUCGCGAGCCCAGGCCCUGGCCAAUACCUCGUUCGCAUCCAUUCUGUUUCCCUAAACUAUCGCGACGUCGCUAUUGCCAAUGGGACAUACGGCCUGCCCGGUAUUGAGGCGGGCAUUGUACUCUGCGCUGAUAUGGCUGGCGAGAUUGUCUCAGCGGGGGAGCGCACCUCCAAGUUCCGCUCUGGUGACAAGGUCACGUCUCUCUUCGAUCAGCAGCACAUCUAUGGGCCAUCGAGUACCGGCCGCUCAGAGAUCCUCGGUGGCCCUCUCGACGGAACUCUGCAAGAGUACCGCGUUUUCGAUGAGAUCGCGCUCCUCCUCGCACCGGACUACUUGACCCACGACGAGCUUUCCACGUUCCCCAUCGCAGCUGUGACAGCAUGGAACGCGCUAUACGGAGGCAAGGCCCUCAUUCCUGGUCAGACAGUCCUUCUUCAGGGUACCGGUGGAGUGUCGAUGUUCGGGCUUCUCAUUGCCAAGGCCGCUGGUGCACGGACAAUCAUCACGUCUUCCUCCGAUGAAAAGCUCGAGCUUGCGACAAAGAUGGGAGCGACGCAUACCAUCAACUACAAGCGCACACCGGACUGGGAUGCGGAAGUUCAAAAGCUCACGAAAGGGGUUGGCGCACACCACAUCAUCGACAACGUAGGCAUAAACGAGAUCGAGAAGUGUUUCAACAGUGUGGCAGCGGGUGGCGUUAUCAGCAGCAUCGGCUUUUUGGGAGGUCAACCGAAGGCCACGCCGAACAUCCCUAUGCUCGCCCUGUUCAGACAGGCUUCCUUGCGAGGUAUUGUCGUGGGCUCGAAGCAGCAGUUCGAAGAGCUGUUACGGUUCGCUGACUUCAACCAAAUUCACCCUCACAUCGAUCGCGUAUUCCCGUUUGGACAGGCCGUGGAGGCUCUUCAGUACCUCGAGAGCGCACAGCAUUUCGGAAAGGUGGUCAUACAUGUAACAUCUCACUAG